AUGAGCACCCAAAAUCCCAUGAACGACGAGUCCGGGUCUUCCUAUGGUGAACACCAUGAGUUCAUGGCAGCAAUGGGAGUAGACCGUGUGCCAGAAAGCGGCAGUUCCAACUCGGAAAAAGCAGGUUCUGUGAGCGGUUUUAACGGGCAGUAUAAGCAGGAGUCUCCCGAGAAUGGCUUGCAACGAAAAGAAUCACGUCUGGAAAGAGUCAUGACCGGGUUCUUUUCAGAGCGCGUGCGCGACGUACGCAAAAAGCUCAUAACACAAUUUCUUUUCAACCAUCUAGCACUUGCGCUCCUUAUUCUGUCGGUUUUCUCGCUUUACUGGGGUGCCAUGUACGACAAGCCGCGCUACUUCCACAAGAUCAAAAUUCUGGCCGUGAUCCAAGACGAUGGCGCCGUCUCACAACCUUUACCCAGUUUGAUCGACACUGUGCCGGGUCAUUGGCACGUUUACAGCUCUUCAAGCUUCCAAGAGAAUUACCACGUGUCAGAGUCACAGAUCGAUACCCAAAUCACCAAGCUCAUACACGAGCAAAAGUUCUGGAUGUCUCUAAACGUCAAACCCAAUGCCACCAAUGUCUUGAUUGACUCGCUGCAAAAUUCCUCCGCACAACCCUUUAAUUCCUCAGCAUUUUUCGAGAUGUUUUUCGAGAGCGGCCGCGACCCUACUAAUUUCAAGUCUAGCAUUUUGCCAUUGAUGACCGAACUGGAAGCGAAGUACCAGGCUACUUACAGCUCAAAAAUACUGCCCCAAAUUAUGACAAAUCUCUCGGAUUCGCUCGCCAACGUCCCCAGUGUCAAUGUGGCACAAGCAGGCUCCAUGCUGUUCAGUCAAGUCGACUACAGACCAUUCGAUAACUUUGUGCUACUGGGCCCUCUGCAAGUUGGUCUCAUCUACUGUAUCUUGCUCACGUUCUUCCAAUUGCUGCUGUUUGCUCCGAUGCACGCAGAAUUUGCUCAAAAGCUUAAGGUCCCGCAUAUGAUUCUCUACCGGUACUUGAUUGCUACUAUCAACUACUUUUUCCUGUCGUUGUUUUUUUGUUUGGUAUCUCUGGCUUUUCAAGUUGAUUACGGUAGAACGUAUGGACGUUCUGGCUUCUUAGUAGCAUGGAUGGCAUCUUGGUUGUUGAUGAUGGCUGUUGGUGGUGCUAAUGAAAAUAUGCUGACUCUCUUAGCGGCUUUAGCUCCUCGAUUUUCCGGGUUUUGGAUGAUUUUUUGGGUCGUCCUUAAUAUCUCACCUUCCUUUUACCCUAUGGACCUCGUCAACAACGUAUAUCGCUACGGUUACAUUUUACCUAUAUUCAACGGGGUCGGGAUAUUCAGAGUCAUUUUCUUGAACAUAUAUCCUGGUCAUUUGGGUAGAAAUUUCGGAGUGCUAUGUGCGUGGAUAGUACUGAAUAUGCUACUGUUCCCGCUGUGCGCUAAAGUGUUCGCUACCCAGAAAAAAAGGAGGCCAUGA